GCGGCCGUCGCCAGAGCCGCGUUCCGCGCGCGGCGCACGUUUUAUAACUCUGCCUCGCCGUGCGUGUGCGCGUGUGUAUGAUAAUAUUAUAUUAUGUAUAUAUACACGCACAUUGCGCUGCACACGUACACGUUUGCGCGUUAUACGCGCGACGUCGACGCCUAGCGAUUCCCUCGACCGACGCCGCGCGUACCGCAUUAUAAUAUACCGCGCGCGCGGUGCAUAUUGUAACGACGACGGUGGAAAAUUUAUUAUUAUUACUCGUAUUAUUUUAUAAUAAUCGCGGUCGCAGUCGAGGCCCGAGCGUCGCGCGUCAAAAACCGCGCACGUCCUCGAAGCAGUAGCGCGACCGCGUGCACGCGUAUAGCACCGCAUAAUACCCAUUUUGACACGGCCCACUGCACGGCACAGGCGUCGUCCAAGUCGCCGCCUGAUCGUAACAUAAUAUUAUUUUGAUCACGAAAUUGUUAUUGUCGCGUCUAGGCGGCGGCGACAUAAAAAAAUAACGGCGCGCGCCCGUUCGCCAGUAAUAUUGUCCAGCGCCUGUAAAUAUUAAUAAUAUCGCUCUGGUCGCGUUCGAUGGUAUGAUACGCGCGAUAUUGCCUGCUGUUGCUACGUCGUUGUAAUAUUUACGCGCGCGAAUCGUGGCGCGCGGCGCCGACGUGCAGAGCGGCCACAGUCGUAGUCACCGCACCGUCCGGACGACCCGCGGCCGGACAUGAAAAAAACGGCGAGCAAAGCGCGCGACGAAAAACUGUUGGCCGCGGUGCGAGAUCGACCGGUGCUCUACGAUCAGUCAAUGCACGUGUUCAAGGACUACAGCGCCAAGAACGCCGCGUGGAAAGAGGUGGGCUCCGCCGUGGUCGGUUCUCAGGACAAACAGAACGUGGAACGGCUGAAAGUCCGGUGGAAAACGCUGUGGGAUGGUUUCGUCAGGCAUUUGAAGAAGAAAAAGACGAUGGAGAUGUACACCGCGGCGGCGGCCAUGCGACCGUACAAGCUGGAGAAGCAGAUCGCGUUCCUGUUGCCGCACGUGUCCUUCCGGGACGAGGACGACAACGGAGACAGCGACGACGACGAGGACACAUCCUCGCUGCUGAUGGCCGCCGACAUCAAGACCGCCAACGACUGCGAACCGUCGGCGUACGAUCAACAGGCGACCGCCGAAAUGCUCUACGAACAGUCCAACAUCGACAAGUCGUGCAGCGAACACGAGGCCCUGGACCGGUCCAUCCAUUUCCUGUGCGACCAGCGGUACAAACAGGCGGCCGCCACAAAUUACAAAUUAGAAGACAUGGACUCGGUGGACGCAUUUUUCCAUGCCAUGGCACAAACAGUCAAACAGUUGAAACCAAUAACUGUGGCAAAAAUCAAAAAAGCAGUGUCAAUCAUAGUGUCAAAUGCAGAAAUUGAAGAGAUGGAGACCAAUGUUGCGUGCGGAAGGUUUCCUAUGACCGUUCCUAUUGCAAAUGAACCUAAAAAGUAGAAUUUUAAGAGCUGCUGUUAUGUACAAAAAAUAAAACUAUUUAUUUAGAUUAUGUAUAGUGCUAUUUAAGAAUAAAUGUUAAAUAUAUUUCAGUAUACAAUGUUCAAUGUUAAACUUGAUAAGUAUCAGAACAACGAGAAAUAAUAAUUAUACUUAUCGAGUGUGCUGGAGUUAAUAUUUUUUCAAAACAGUGAGAAUACGAUGUACUCUGUAAUUCUGUAUCGUUAAACUUAUAAACCACUUUUUUAUAUUAAUUUACAGUUGUACUCAUACAUGUAAUAUUAUAGACACGUAUUUUGUGAUUGUGUUUAGUUUUGAUAACUAUUGCAUAGUGACAGUCAAUAUUUGUAGACCAUAAAUUUAAAACUGGAUAAAUUCACAUAAAAUGGUAAUAAUAUUAUAUGUAUUUAACAUUUAACACAGAAUAAUUAGCAAGAAAUACAAACAUUAAU